UGCGAGCCGCUUCUUUCGGCGAGAAAUCGUUGCAAGAGUCAACAGACAACGGUAAAAAUAUUCCGGCGCCGCGUGAACUCUGAGAAAGGGGGCAUUCACGAGGGGCCGGUAUCUUUUUUUCUCCAAUUUCUACCAUCUUGCACAAUUGCUCUCGGCCGAAAAACCUUUUCCUACAGAUAAAUUGAUCGAGACUUGUAAAGGUUUUUAGGAGGUGAAAUCCUUUUCUGCAAGUUUCACGCAAUAGGAAUCCUUGGCAAGUAUCUUUGCCGCUCUGUCAUAAAAACCGUGUGAGUGUAGAAGCGAAAAAAAAUUCUUUUGAAUUGUCUGAUAUCCAAUUGUUUGCAGAUGCAGCUUUGUAUAACUACAUUCGCUCUUUCGCUGAUCGGCUUCUACUUCAUCACUCAUCACACAACAAAUGCAAAUUUCGAGGAAACAAGAGAACAAGCGAGAGAACACCGAAUAGAAGAAAGGGCGGCAAGUAAGAGUGGAGGGGUUAAGGGUUGGAGGAGAAAGAGGAACGUUAUAGGUGAGUUGUAAGCGUAAUGAGGAUUUUCCUGAUCUUAAUCCACCAACCGUGGGCUGAUACAAACAUCAAAACACACGCUUCUUUCCCAAGUAUGUAGAGUACUUUCUACCGGAGAACACAUCCAAAGUAAUUUUGAGAAGGGAACGAUCGUCAUCGUUUAUUCACCAAUUUGUUUAAUCAAGGAAAAAAAAACGGCAAAGAACAAGGCUACUCAAGAUAUUAUAAACUGCUUAUAUUCCCUAACCAUAUCGAAUAUUUUCUUUGAGUCUAUUACAACGGUCUGAGACAAAGUCUCUACGUCUCUUUCCCAACAUUUCGUCACGCUCUCCUAACGGUUCGCCGCUGACUUUCUGGGUUGAGAACCGCACUGUAAGAGCAAGGUGUUUUGCCCAGGAGCACAACACAUAACCUGGCCAGAUCUCGAGCCCAGACCCUUCUAAUCAGCUUGUGAGCAGAACGCGCAUUUCUCCGAUAUUGAAACGUUUCGAGAAGAGGUUCUCCGGGAGUCUGGCACUAAUUAUGAUUGCUAGACCCCUUGAAGAUCUCUCGCUAACUAACGUUGCUCAAGGCGUCAUGAUAUUCUGAUGGGCAGAUAAACCUUCCUACCGAGGCUUACAAUAGACCCGUAGUUACGAGCGCUCCACCCUUUAAGCCCUAAUGUCAUUAUGCGUAUUUUCCGCACUGUUCUUUACACACUUCCUAAGAUGUUAAUGAGGAGAAUCUGUUUACUGAUCAAAAGCCUCUUUAGUUGGUAAUCAUUUCUUUCAUUCUCAUGACCUCAAUGUGAUUCAGGGGUGAUAUUGUGGGGAGAAACUAGAUGCUAUUCACUCUAAAGGGUUGACGUUACACCACAAAUAAAAAAAACUCGAAGUUUUACAGAAAAUGAAGUUAAAACAAAUUGGCAAAAAUAAAGAGUUACCUUUAUUACAAGAUCUUUCUAAAUUUACAUAAGUGUACUCAGUGAAACUUAACAUUGAGAGUAAUUUUUCUGAUACACUCAUUUAUUUCUUUUCCACAGAAAUGACUCCAAGACUUGACGAAAAAACUGCGAAAUCCUUUGGGACGAAAGUAAAAUAAGAAAAUUGAUUUCAGAAAAAUAUUUGUCACUGGGUUAAAGUAUUACUUCAAAUCAUUAAAUGCACAGAUUUUUUUGGUACCGUGAUGAUCAGCAACUGAUUCAAGUCUAAGCUCGGCUUAAUCUCCAUCAAAGAGUUACUGAACCCCAUACCGUUGACGUCAAUGACCCAGCAAAUUUCACAGAAAUCAAAUCUUUUUUCUAAUAAUUCACGGCUUCUACUUCCUUACUCUAAAUGAAUAUUUACAUUUUAUCCCUAAGCUAACUGACACUGUCCAUUUUUUUUUUUUUUGGUUAAAUUGAUGGAGUCCAAAAGCUCUCCAGUUUCCCUCUAACAUUUCUCACAUAUCUAGUGAAUAACCAGUGCAAAGUAAUCCCUCCUUCCCUCUGUGAGAACAACAAUUUUAUACUAGAGCAUACUAACACCAUAGCGGUCAAAUGUCCACGCAUGUGCAAAAGUUGAACAAUAAAGGCGGUCCAACAUCUUGCGCUAAAACUAUCAGAACCAUAUUGUAUUAUUGAGUUAAAAACAACCACAAGAGUUAGCAAGCCACGGUUUUUAAAUGCGUAGAACGCUUUUAAUAAAGCUCUGUCGAAAAAUGGUCAAUCUACAAGAUCCCCGAUAUUAAGGAACUUUCGUGUUCGAAAACCUUAAUUUUCUUCCUUCCUUUUUUUAAUAUUUCUAGAUUUUCAUAAAAGUUGAUUUGUUUUUCGCAAAUUGUGUUUUGAAACCG